ACUACCGAUAACCUGUAAAACGAAGUUGUUAGAUCUUUCUUUCAUGUGGAAAGCCUAAUAUUCGUCCCAGCCUGGCCACUUCCAAAAACUCGUCAGAUUUUGUUAAGGAAAGUUGCUCCUCACUUUAUGUUCUUUUUGUCUAAGCCAGAAAAGAAACCUGCGGGGGCGGUGCUUUUAAUGGCUCCCCACUGCUCCUUUAAGAUCAUCUUUUAUGUCCAUCAAAUAUCGCCCCAGAUUUCAGGCCUAGUUAAGGCUAAGUUGGCCAUGAAUUGAUAGCGGAGGUGAUAUUCGUUGUUUGCCAUAAGCAUCCGCUAUCGUCCAUGGGAUGCAAUGAAAGCUCCCUCAAACCCACCUCUAAAAUUAGGCACAAUUUCUCCAGAGCUAGAGGUGCUUCUUCAUCCAAACGCCCUGUAAAAACUUCUGCAGCCAUUGCUGUUGUAGGAAGCUGUAAGCGCCCAGUCCAGGGGUUUCCUGAUGAUAAUAACAAGGAAAGCAAAAAUAGUUUUGGUAUGAAUAUUAUAUGCGCCGAACAAGAAUGCCGGCUUAUCGGAUUGGAGGAUGAUUCGGAAGGAGAGGAAGAGGAGGACGAGGACGAGGAGGAGGUGUUGAAGGUUGGAAGAAAUGACGUAUUUUCUAUUCCUGAAGAAAAACAAUCAAAGCAAAAUCAAAAUGUGGGAGAUACAGAAGAUGUUCUUAUUCCAGGCUUACCGAAUGAUUUGGCACAGUUAUGCUUGAUGCAUGUCCCCUUUGUUAAAUAUGACGUGUCUUUAAGGCGUGUCUCAAAACGCUGGAGAAAAAUACUCUCAUCAGAGGAAUUUUAUGCUACUAGGUCUGCAUUUAAAAUCAACGAAACUUUUAUUUCAUUUGUAGUGCAUGGCAACAGAGUUCAGAUCUUCAAUUUGAAGGAGCACACAUGGUUUUGCCUUCCUCCUCUGCCUUUGGAUCAAACAAUUUCUACUCCGGAACGGAACAUUAAUCCUUAUGAAUGGUGGUGGAUUGAGACAGUUGCUGCCUUACAGGGAACACUUUUUGUAAUGGGAGGUGAUCAAACAACUACAUACAGUUGCAUUCGUCCUACUGAACCUGCAAACACUGUACAUAAAUAUGAUUACUGCAAGGGUCAAUGGAUUAAAGUAGCUCCAAUGCAGAUUCCCCGUUCUAACUCAGCAGCUGUAGCUUCAAAGAAAAAGAUUCUUGUUGCUGGAGGUAAUGAAAAAAUGGAAGAAGGUGCUUCUGCUGAAAUGUAUGAUCCAUCUACAAAUUGCUGGAGUUUUGUUUCAAGAAUGCAUUCUGCCAUGAAAGGUUGUGUUGGUGUGGAACAUAGAGGUAUGAUUUAUGUUAAGGGUACAAAUCUGGGCAUAGGAAGUCCAAUUGAAGGGGAACUAUAUGAUCCUGUAAAAAACUUAUGGAUUCGAAUGAACCCUGGUCUUCGUCGAGGGCUUGCUCGAGGUCCAAUUGCUUCUGCUAACUCUCAGCUUUUUGUUGCAGACUGGAAGGAUUCACUGCUCAAAAUGUAUGUAAUUGAGAACGAUUCUUGGGAAAUUGUUGCAGGUCUUCCAGCAAAAAUAAGUCGACUUGUUGGACACAGAGAUAAGCUUUAUGGUCUCACAGGUAAGAUUAAAAUAGACCCAUAUAAUCAUCUUGUCAUAUCGGACAGUCCUGAUGGGGUGUGGCAGCUUGAUCUGGACAACAAAAGUGGAUUUGAUAGGAAAGAUUGGCUUGAUUCUGUUAUGAGAAGAAAUUGCGUACAAGAGUUUGAUUGGAAGAGGGAAGAUAAUAGAGAGGUUGGAAAAUUAGAAUUGAGGAUGGAUUCAAAUUACCUUAAGGCGAGAAUAGAGCUUGCGAGUUCAAGAAGAGGGACCAAUACAAACGUAAGAUGGAAUAUGUCACAUAAUUUGAGAGGAGAAGCUGACAUUGGGUCAGAACUUUUAGGCAUGUCUGCCAGUACCAGCAAUUCAGGAUUUGUUAGUAACAUGCAACAUGAAGAAUUCAACCAGGUAUACAUAUGGAAGUGCAUAUGGAGAGAACCUAAACAGACACUGAAGACAGGUUCACUUGCCUGGGUGCCUAGCAGUGCUCAUUGUGCUUUGCUUGAGGACUAACCAAUGAUUUGGUAGGUGUCAUCUUGGAUUUUGAAAAUUGGGUAUUUGGUUGAUAAAACUUUGGGAAGUAAUUUUGAGCCAUGUGAAGACCAUUUUUUGGUCAAAAAAUUCAUAUUCUUUAUUUCAGUUUCUCCCAUUUUGUUGCGGGAGCAACGUUUGAUUUUACUGAAGUUGUAGCCAGCAGAAUGAAACCAAAAACUCAGUUGUCUGCACUUGCAGCACAGUUGUAAUUCUUACAUUUUGAAGAAUCUACGUUGCUUCUAAUUACCUUUGUAUUCUUGUAUAAUGAAAGGAUUAGCUUCUAGUGGACA